AGCAUCAAUAGUUGCAAUAUACAUUUUUUCCUGUUGUGCCAAAAUUUCAGUUUACAAAUUAAGAACACUUUUGUUCAUAUAAUGGCUGGAAAUUGCAAGAUAGUAGUAUUGUGUAAAGGAUUAUCUGAAAAGAACAACACGCAGGAAACAUACAGCAAGCUAUUGGAAUCAGCUGGUUAUAAUUGCGAAUGUUUACAAACUUUGAAAUUCGAAUUUGUAAAUAUUUCGGAUCUGCGAACAUGUUUGUCAGCAGUUGAUAGAUAUAGUGGUUUAAUAUUAACCAGUCCUCGUACAGUUGAAGCUAUUGCAUUGGCAGUAAAAGAAGAUACUAGUAUUCUGUACCAUUGGGAACAGAUGCCAACAUACUGCGUGGGAUCUGUGACAGAGUCUUUUGCAAGAAAUCAACUUAAUUUGCAACAUUGUGUAGGCAGUCAGUUUGGUAAUGCAAAGCAACUGGCUGAAAAAAUUGUUCUUGAUAUAAAGAAAAAUUCCAAACCAUUAUUGUAUCCAUGCAGUGAAAUUGCACGUGAAACUAUCUCUUGUAUUGUCGGAGAUAGUGGAAUUUCAAUAGAAAAGAUCAUAGUUUAUAGAACAUUAGAGAGCGAAACUCUUGAACAAGAAUUGCCAAAAAUGCUUGAGAAAUCUAGUAUAUUUGUUUUUUUCAGUCCAUCUACAGUUGAGCAUAUUACAGCGCAACUUAAGAAAAAUUUCUAUAAUAUCAAAGACAUAAAAGCAGUAGCAAUAGGACCAGUAACAAAAGAUGCGUUAAUUAAUUCUGGUUUCAAUGUAUAUGCCACUGCGAAUAAACCUGAACCAGCAGCUUUGAUGCAAGCGAUCACAGUUGCUGAAUCUAUAGAAAAUUUAAAAAAGAAUAAUUUGACGUGACGUCUUUUGGAUUGUUUGUCACAAGGAUCAACCAUGAAAAGCGGUAAACCGAAUCAGUGUGCAGUUUAUAGGCAAUGUAUUUGCAAAUUUAUAUAUAAGUAUUAUCAAGCACCAAGAUCUGCUUCGAUCGAAUAUGGGAUUCUUUUUUAUUUUAUUUAAAUAAGC